AUGAAGAAGCUUCUCAGCCUAUGGAGAAUGAAGGAUGAAUCCCUGAGCCGCUCCUCAGACCUGUCCUUAUCCUUGGGCAGCACCUACUCAGAUCUGUCCACUGAUGAGAGUUACAACUUCCAACAUAAGCAUUCAAAGAAACUUCACAAGGCUGCUUCAGUCGGGGACUUGGAGAAGUUGAAGGAAUACCUCAAGUACAAGAAACAUGAUGUGGACAAGCGGGACAAAGGACAUAGAACACCUUUGCAUCUGGCCUGUGCUAAUGGAUAUGAAAGUAUCGUAUCUCUCUUAAUUGAGAAACAAUGCAAAAUAAAUGUCCUGGAUGGUGAAAAAAGAUCCCCAUUGAUUAAGGCAAUACAGUAUCAAAAGGAAAAGUGUGUUACUAUUCUCCUAGACCAUGGUGCAGACCCAAAUCUGGUAGAUUUUCAUUACAAUACUGCUCUUCAUUAUGCUGUUUGUGGACAAAGUGUUUCAAUAGUCAGAAAACUGCUUGAACACAAAGCUAAUCUUGAAGCUAAAAAUAAGGAUGGAUAUACUCCACUUCUACUUGCCGUUGUUAAAAAUAAUGCAAAAAUGGUAAAAUUUCUUUUGAAGAAAGGGGCAGAUGUGAAUGCUUCUGAUAAUAAUCAAAGAACAGCCCUUAUGAUUGCUCUCAGUUUUGAACCAACAAAUUUAGUAAGUCUUCUUCUUCAGCAAGGUGUGGAUCUAUCUUGCCAAGAUAUUUAUGGUUUCACGGCUGCAGAAUAUGCUUCUUGUAAUGGUUUUACUGUAUAUUAUGAGUUAAUUGACAAUUUUGGAAAAUUGGAUAAAGUUGAUCAAACAUCCUACUUUGAAAAUACAAUGCUGGGAAACAUUUGA